AGUGGAUUUUACUGGGCUUUAAAAUAGAGAGAGUCAAUUUUCGAAUCAAUAGCAAAAUGCCUUCGUCACUGGCUGUCAGCGAGGUCCAGGUUGAGACCGUUACAUUCCCGCCGUCCGUCAAACCGCCAGGAUCAACCAAAUAUCUUUUUCUCGGUGGCGCAGGGGUAAGAAUAGGGCCGUACCAAGGCAAGCUGGACAAAGUCACCGCCAUUGGAGUGUACCUUGAAGACACUGCCGUACCGUCACUCGCCGAUAAGUGGCGCGGAAAGACUGCUGCUGAGUUGACUGAAUCCAAUGAAUUCUUUAAAAAUGUUGUUACAGGUCCCUUUGAGAAGUUCAUACGGGUGACUUUGAUCUUGACAUUAACCGGACAAGAAUACUCUGAGAAGGUCAUGGAGAACUCUCUGGCCAUUUUGAAAUCUGCUGGAAAUUACAGCGACACAGAAGCCAAAGCUGUUGAGAAAUUCAUUGAAGUCUUCAAGGAUGAAAACCACCCACCAGGGUCGUUAAUUCUUUUCACUGUAUCUCCCUAUGGGAAUGGAACACUAAAGAUUGGAUUUUCCGAAGAUGGUUCCAUCCCGGAAGUUGUGAAUGCAGUGAUAGAGAAUAAACUACUAGGUGAGGCUGUUCUGGAGUCGAUUAUUGGGGAGCAUGGUGUUUCCCCUGCAGCAAGAAAGAGCUUGGCGGAGAGACUUCCGGAGUUGUUCAAAGAUGGGGAAGAUAAAUUGACCGGAAAUGGAAAUGCCUAAUUUUACUAGUCGUUUUCUAUCCUGGAGAAAUCAUCUAUUAAUCUAUCUGAAUAAUUGAUUUCACGAGAAGGAUGUCAUCUGAUGACGUAGAAGUAAUAUGAAAUUUACAUGUUUUCAUGUUUAAACAUGAAUAAAAUUAUAUAUUAGCA